AGCGGAGGAAAGAGCAAAGCAUGAACGCCCGGUCGAAUUCUACAUCAAGCCUGACGCAGCCGCGGCGGAAGCGCUUCGUGCCGCUGAAUGACCCGAACGCCUUUGCAAAAGGCUGGGCGGUCCAUCCGGUCGCCCGCACUGGCGCACGACACGCCAUUGGCCGAGAAGGCCUGACGGGCAAAGGAGAUCGACGGACCUGGGUGGACGCUGUGAUGAGAUCGAAGAUCUGGGUGCCGGGGCCCGGCGCCCACGCCACGGAGCGGACCUUCGUGGGGGAGGGCAACGAGUUCGACGCCAAGAAGUGCGCGGAGGAGGCCAGGCCUGACUAUUCCUUCGGCAAGGCUGUGUGGGAGCCGUCCCUCUCGCAGGCAGAGGUGAAGCCGAAGAGGAACUCUUUUCGCCAUCCCAAGUUUGAUCCCUGGUUCACGCCAGGCCCAGGCGCCUACACUGCCUUCACCACCUUCGAUGGGAGGACUCAAUGAGCCGAACUCUGCCCACGCAGAGUUCAAUGGCAAUAGUUGGAGUUGGAGUGGCCCUCCCAGAAAUUCCUC